ACCACAUCACAAAAACACACAACACAGCAACACAACAACGACACAUCACCACCACGCAUUCACUCUCUGCCGAGGCUUAUUUAGUUUCUUCCGCCCAUCCAGAGAAAGCUUCGAUCUCUCUCACACAAAACACAUAUUAAACACACACACAAAUAUAUAUAUUUAUAUAUUUAUAUAUAUAAGACAAUGUCACCAAUUAAAGAAAAGGAACGUAUUAAGGAGUUCUGCGAAGAUGUCCGAAACAAUUCCUCGGGAACAAAUUGGGCAUUAUUGACAUAUGACGGAGACAGUAUUGUUCCCCUUGAAACUGGGGAAGAUUUUGAAGACUUUAAAUCCCAUUUCACAAGUGAUGAACGUUUCUAUGGAUACCUGCGCAUUGAAACAGGAGAUGAAAUGAGUAAACGAAGUAAAUUUGUUUUUAUUACGUGGGUCGGGACUCAGGUAUCAACAAUGAAAAAGGCUAAAGUCAGCACAGAUAAAAAUUUCGUCAAGGACAUCUUGACGAAUUACGCUGUAGAAGUGUUUGCCCAAGAGCAUUCUGAAAUAUCAUACGAUACGAUAGCCGACCUUGUGAAGAAAGCUGGUGGAGCAAACUACGGAACCGGAAGGAGAGAUUAAGAAUUACUAUAUUAUAAUUAUCAUUCAUAUACAAUUGUUGUUAUUGUUUUAUUUUUUUCAAUUGAAUAACAACAAUAAAAAUAAUAAUAAUAAUUUCUUUUAUUGGCCACAAGGGCGAUGGAUAAAGAACACAUUCUAAGGACAAGUAAUAAAAAAUGGUGUAAAGGUUUUUGCGGAAUUAAUUAUGAAAA